AUGAGCCCCCUUCGAUGGGGGCUUCUGCUCGGCUGCCUGGGCUGUGCGCUCCCGCCGCGGGUGCGGGCGCAGUUCCCCCGGGUCUGCAUGACGGUGGGCAGCCUGCAGGCCAAGGAGUGCUGCCCGCCGCUGGGCGCCGACACGGCCGACGUCUGCGGCUCUCGGGAGGGCCGGGGCCAGUGCGCGGAGGUGCAGAUCGACACCAGGCCCUGGAGCGGUCCUUACGUCCUGAGCAACCAGGACGACCGAGAGCGGUGGCCACGGAAGUUCUUCGACCGGACCUGCAGGUGCACAGGAAACUUUGCCGGCUAUAACUGUGGAGACUGCAAGUUUGGCUGGACUGGCCCCAACUGCGAGCAGAAGAAACCCCUGGUUGUCCGGCAGAAUAUCCACUCCUUGACCCCUCAGGAGCGUGAGCAAUUCUUGGGCUCCUUAGACCUCGCGAAGAACACGCCGCAUCCCGACUACGUGAUCACCACGCAACACUGGCUAGGCCUGCUCGGGACCAACGGGACCCAGCCACAGAUCGCCAACUGCAGCAUCUAUGAUUUCUUUGUGUGGCUCCAUUAUUAUUCCGUUAGAGAUACAUUAUUAGGACCAGGGCGCCCAUACAAGGCCAUAGAUUUCUCACACCAAGGCCCCGCCUUCGUUACCUGGCACCGCUACCAUUUGUUGUGGCUGGAAAGAGAUCUCCAGCGCCUCACUGGCAAUGAGUCCUUUGCUUUGCCCUACUGGAACUUUGCCACCGGGAGGAACGAGUGUGACGUGUGUACAGACCAGCUGCUUGGGGCUGCAAGACAAGAUGAUCCGACUCUGAUUAGUCAAAACUCCAGAUUCUCCAGCUGGGAAAUUGUCUGUGAUAGCUUGGAUGACUACAACCGCCGGGUCACCCUGUGUAAUGGAACCUAUGAAGGUUUGCUGAGAAGAAAUCAAGUGGGAAGAAACAGUGAGAAAUUGCCAACUUUAAAAGACAUACAAGAUUGCCUGUCUCUCAAGAAGUUUGACAAUCCUCCUUUCUUCCAGAACUCUACCUUUAGCUUCAGGAAUGCCCUGGAAGGAUUUGAUAAAGCAGACGGGACCCUGGACUCUCAAGUGAUGAACCUUCAUAAUUUGGUUCAUUCCUUCCUGAACGGGACAAACGCUUUGCCACAUUCUGCUGCCAAUGAUCCUGUUUUUGUGGUCCUUCAUUCCUUUACUGAUGCCGUUUUUGACGAGUGGAUGAAAAGAUUCAAUCCCCCUGUGGAUGCCUGGCCUCAGGAACUGGCACCCAUUGGUCACAAUCGGAUGUAUAACAUGGUUCCUUUCUUCCCUCCGGUGACUAAUGAGGAACUCUUUUUAACUGCAGACCAGCUUGGCUAUAGCUAUGCCAUUGAUCUGCCAGUUUCAGUUGAAGAAACUUCAGAUUGGACCACAACCCUCUCAGUGCUUAUGGGGAUGCUGGUGGUUUUGGUUGGUCUUUUUGCACUGCUGCUUCUCCUUCAAUAUAGAAGAGUCCGAAAAGGAUAUACACCCUUAAUGGAGACACAGUUAAGCAAGAAGAGAUACACAGAAGAAGCCUAG